AUGGAAGACCAAAAACCGCUAGCCCCGAUCACCUGCUACACCGAGCCUGUCCAUUGCGACUGCCCCAACGGCACGUACACAGGUUGGGCCGGCGUGGCCAGACUCAUUGACAUAAUCAUCCAAUACUACGCACCGCCCAGGUGGGUUCGCUGGGUCAUUGGCACAGUCCUCUUUAUCUGGUUCUUCACUGCGGUUGCCACCAAAUGGCUCGACUUUUUUUUCAGAGUUGCAAAGUACCGCAAAAUUAGGAGUCUUGGCGGCGACUGGGCCUCUGCUUUGUCUGCCUUUGGGCCAGAGACGGCAAAAGACGCGCAGCAGCGGCAAGAGUGGGAGAAGGAGAUGGGGCGUGGGCAUUAG